AUGUCUUCUCAACCGCCAUGGAUCAUGCCCACCGGCUCGACCCAUCAGCCUGACUUGAAGAUCUACAAUUCCCUGACUCGAUCUAAAGUGCCCUUCAUCCCCUUAGAACGAGAGAAGAUCAAGUGGUACGCUUGCGGGCCGACCGUUUACGACGACGCACACCUGGGCCAUGCCCGCAACUAUGUUACGACGGACAUCAUUCGCCGCAUUCUACGAGACUAUUUCCACUUCCGAGUCAAUUUUGUGAUGAACAUCACCGAUGUCGACGACAAAAUUAUCCUGCGGGCCAGACAGCGGCAUCUUUACGACGAAUACAAGAACAAGCAUAGAUAUAUUGAUGAUCAAGUCCGUCAGGACGUGCGGCAAGCAUGGCACUACUACAUCCACAAGAACCUCAAAAGGAUAGGCCCCAAAACCCUCCUGACCCCCGAGACUUUCGACGGCGUGAUCGAGCAAACUUACGGGGAUAUACUCGCGGGCGGAAGUUUGGAGCCGGGCACAAAACCAGGGGACAAGGAAGCCAAGAUCAAAAUGCACGUCAACACGGCCAGGACGACAGCCAAAGCCUUACUGCAAGACCCAAAGACAUUGACACCACAUGAGUUCUACAGCCGUGUGAGCGAUCCGAUGUGUCUCGUUUUGGAUGAACAGUAUGGCAAAACCAUCCGGGGCGAUGACUAUGAGGUGUUCACCAAACUCACUAAAGAAUACGAGAAUCGCUUUUUUCAAGACAUGCACGAUCUCAAUGUUAUGGAUCCAGACGACGUCGUCCGGGUCACUGAACACGGCAAGCAGAUCGCAGACUUUGUCAAGAAAAUUGUCGACAAGGGCCUCGCCUAUCGGACGUCGGACGGCUCCGUAUAUUUCGACAUCAAAGCAUUUGAGGCGGCCGGCUACCCCUACGCGAGGCUGGAGCCUUGGAACCGAAACGACGCAGAGCUCCAAGCUGAUGGGGAAGGUGCACUGUCACAAAAGGACGAAAGCGUUAAGAGAUCCCCUGCCGAUUUUGCAUUAUGGAAGGCUUCAAAACCAGGCGAACCCAGUUGGGAUAGUGAAUGGGGCCCUGGCAGGCCUGGAUGGCAUAUUGAAUGCUCGGCAAUGGCUUCCGAAAAACUCGGGGAGCAGAUGGACAUUCAUUCUGGCGGAAUCGACCUGGCCUUUCCCCAUCACGACAAUGAGUUGGCUCAGAGUGAAGCCUUUUGGGCCGAUGGCAGCCGACGACAGUGGGUGAACUAUUUCCUCCACAUGGGACAUUUGUCCAUUCAGGGCUCGAAAAUGUCCAAGUCGUUGAAGAACUUCACCACGAUUCGGGAAGCGUUGCACGUAAGAAAAGAAUGGACGGCCAGGAGUCUUCGGAUUGUGUUUUUGCUCGGGAAUUGGAAAGACGGUAUAGAAAUCACAGAUGACAUGGUCACGGAGGGAAGAAAUUGGGAGGACAGGGUGGACAACUUCUUCCUCAACGCCCUCGAGAAUAUUAAGAACGCGAAAGCCUCGACUCAACAAAAGCCUGUCCUCCAGGAUGCCCUAGCAGAGGUGGAAGAGAAGGUUCGACUUGCACUGUUGGAUUCCUUCAAUACUCCCAUCGCCAUGACCACCAUCUCGUCCCUGAUCAACACCUACAACAGUGCGAAGAAGUCCGACCUGACGCCAGAUGACCACCGAAACAUCGCUCUCUAUGUGACACGGAUGGUGAAUAUCUUUGGUCUCAACGGCUCAGAGCCGGCCGAUACAGAGCAAGUGGGAUGGAAAGGCAUCGAGAUCCCCGAUGCAGCGAAAGAAUACGUCUACCCGCUGGCGAGGAUAAGAGACGAGCUUCGACAAGCAGCAAUCGCCAAAACAAUCACGCCGGAGAAAGUGCAGGAGAUCGUCUCCACCUCACCGGGCUUGGAAGAACCUCCUUCUAGUGGAAGACCCAGGCCGUCCUACGCCCGUGCCCUGAGUGACUUCAGUCGUAGUGCGCUGGAGGUCGCUUCGCCCGUCGAGAGUAGCGAUCUCAACAAACAGAUCCUGGCGCUCUGCGACCGAGUCCGAGACGUCGAUCUCUGGCAUCUCAACAUCUAUCUGGAAGACCGCGAAAACGGUCCGGCGCUUGUGCGACCAGUCACCGAGGGCCUGAAGGCCGCUCGGCGCGAGCGCGAAGAGAAGAUCCGGCAAAAGGAGGAGGCCAAGAAGAAGAGAGAACAAGAAGCUCUCGAGAGAUUGCAAAAGGGGAAACUCAGCCCGGGCGAGAUGUUCAAGCCGCCGCACUCGACCGAGUUCUCGGCUUGGGAUCCAGAUGGGUUUCCAACAGCCACCAAGGAUGGAUCGCCGCUGACGGCGUCGCGGGCCAAAAAGUUGAAAAAGGAAUGGGAGGCCCAGAGGAAGGCGCAUGAAAAGUAUCUGGCCACUGUGCAGAACCGAUCUGGAUCUGCCGCUCAAUAA